AUGAUGGAACACUCCUCAGAUGCAGGAAAUGCCCACAAGUGCCAAAUGAAUGCGGAUAAGAUCAAUGCUCCUACAGCUCCCUUGUCCCUUGCAAACAAAACAAAAAAAGAGGGUUGCCCCAUGGCCCUUCUCUAUGUGGGGAAUGGAUGGCCCUAUCUCCCCCUCCAAUGGGCUUUUCUUAUUUUUGCAAUUUCUUAUUUAACGAAAUGGGUGGAAGCGGUCUCUUACUCAAGUCUUACUAAGAAGGUGGUGCAGAAGUUCUUGAAUAAGGAAAGGAUUUGCCGAUCAAGGUUGCAUUCCCUUCCUUUGAUUGAGAGAAGGAAGAAUGGAACUGGUUCCAGUGAAAGAAAUGAAAGCAAGGGGAAAGGGUAG